UUUGAACAGCUGGUAUGUCAUUUCGUUCGCUUGCCCGCAAGUUUGCCUUAUUACGUAUAGAUCUACAAUGCAACCAUCGCUAUUUUGCAUAUCAGCGAAUUAUGUUUACCCCCAGACCCAUACUCUCAGUCUAUACACGUGGGUUUCUUGAUGUUGAAGUCUAACUCUACACGAUCUACUGCUGACGAAGCUACGCUGCGAAAUAGAGUUUAUCACGGAUCCUAAUCAAGCGAAUCUCAAGACGAAAAUAGCCCAUUUUACUUCCAUAUUUCUCCGCUGAAAUGUCGGCGAUGGAUGAUCUUGAAUUUGAGGAAAUAGAGCCGGAGGAGAUUAUGGAGUUAGUGGAUCAUGAAAAGAGCGACGAUGAUGAAAUCGAAGAAGAAGAUCAUGAAGAUGGAGAAGGUUCAAGCGAAAGUCAAAGACAAGAAACAAGAGUGUAUCUUCCUGGCCGUAACGAUGAAGAGAUGGGUGAUGACGAGGUACUUGUCAAAGAUGAGUCUGCUUACCACAUGUACCACCAUGCUCAAACAGGUUCGCCAUGCCUUAGCUUUGAUAUCUUGAAAGAUGGUCUUGGAGAUUCAAGAGUUGCCUAUCCACACUCAGUUUACAUUGUAGCAGGGUCGCAAGCGGAGAAGGCUCACCUUAACCAUGUCAUUGUGAUGAAGAUGAGCAACAUGAACAGGACAAGCAAGCCAUCGGAAGAGGAUGAUGAUGAUGAGGAUGACGAUGACAGUGAUGACGAGGAUGACAAGCACCCCGAGUUGGAGACGGCUAUGAUAGACCAUCUUGGUUCAGUCAACAGAAUCCGGAGGACCACCGUCGGUGACAGGCAGGUUGCUGCCUCCUGGUCAGACACAGGGAACGUUCACAUAUGGGAUCUCAGUGACCCUCUACAGGCCCUGGAAAGCCCCGCCGCUAUGGCUAAAUACAUGAGGCAGAACAACAGUAAGCCUCUCUACACCUUCAACGGUCACGUGGCCGAGGGCUACGCCUUGGAUUGGUCACCGACUGUUCCAGGGACUAUGUUGUCUGGAGACUGCAAGAAGCACAUUCACAUGUGGAAGCUGAGAGAGGGGGGUGUUUGGAACGUGGAUCAGAGGCCGUAUUUGGCUCAUACAGACUCAGUAGAAGACAUACAGUGGUCACCAAAUGAGAAGAAUGUGUUUGCAUCAUGCUCGGUAGACAAGUCCAUCCGUAUUUGGGAUGUUCGGGCCGUCCCCUCCAAGGCCUGCAUGCUGACCUUGGAAGAGGCCCAUGAAAGCGACGUCAAUGUGAUCCACUGGAACAGGAAUGAUCCAUUCAUCUUGUCGGGGGGUGAUGAUGGUGUCAUUAAUGUUUGGGAUCUCAGGCAGUUUCAGAAAAAAGCGUCUCCUGUGGCCAAGUUCAAGCAUCACACCGCUCCCAUCACCUCGGUAGAAUGGCACCCAACAGACAGCACCGUCUUCGCUGCAUCAGGAGCAGACGACCAGCUCACCCAGUGGGAUCUGGCCGUCGAGCCCGACGACACCGAAGGUCAAGGUUCAAAGGGCAAUGACCCUGAUGUUCCUCCGCAGCUGCUGUUCAUCCACCAAGGUCAGUCAGACAUUAAGGAGGUUCACUGGCACCCCCAGAUACCUGGAGUGGUUAUUAGUACAGCGCAGAGUGGAUUCAACAUCUUCAGGACUAUUAGCGUGUAGCCUGCCUGAUGACAGGAGUUCCAGUCCCUUGGAUGGCUUUAACCUGUCACAUACUGGAGCUAGUUCGUUCCUGUACAAAGCCAAUGGGAAUGAGACAAUUCAGCAUUCAAUGGGUUAAAGCCCCACUGCACUACUUACAGCUACUUGCGCCCUCUAUAGAGCAAACAAUGCCUUAUCGGUGCCCGUUGGUCUCCCAUGAUCCUCUUUUUCUUAUGUUAAUUGAGAGCUGAUUUAAUGAGAUAACCACCUGUCGGUGACCAUGCAGGGAGGUUUAAUCCCCCUGGCCAAACUAGUCCAGAUGGGCUUUAAGAGGAAUGCCUGUGUGACUUUCUGAAUGUAUGGCAAAGGAAUUCGACUGACUCUUCUCCCUUUUGGAUUGAGGGGAUAGCUAUUUAAGAUGUCACGCCUUUUAAGCUGGAACCAUCUUCUCUCUACAUUUUGACCCAAUUUAAGAGUUUGAUGGAAGAUUAACCGGUUUUGGAGCGAUGAUUGUACAGGUACCACCAACAGUGUAUGCCCUUUGCACAACAUAGGAACCCCAUGUUUACUUAGAAUCUUGUACACACACCUGACCUGCAGCCAGUUGCCCUCACCUGGCCUGGAGAUGAAGUCUUCCCCAGACUUAAUUGGAACCUUACUUUGCCUAGUUGUAAACUAACUAUGGUAUAUGUUCUAUAGCACACAUAGUUAGUUGACAAUUAGUAAGGAAAGACGACUCUUCCCGGGGCCCCAGCCAGCGUCUCCGGGCUCGUUUGCUUCACAGCGUUCAGCCGCUGCAAGGAAGGCGGGCUCCGCCUUUGGGAAUAUCGACCCGGUUCCCUUUCAUCUUAGGGGCGUGACCCGAUUCUCGAAAGACCCGGCCGAUGCCUCCACUUGGAGCGGAAUGUUCACAUGGAACCUUCUCCUUACCCAGCCCUCAAGGAUUUCGCUUGAGUAUUUGCUACUACAAGAUCUGCGCCCACAAAGUCAGUUGCUUCCGUGCUCACCGCGGCAUCCCUCCUACUCGCUGGGGCUCCUCCGCUCCAGCGGCCGGGUUUGGGCCAAAACACA